UCAUAACUUUUUUGACUCAUAAUUAGUCCCCAAAACCCAAGCUCAAAGACAUCUUCACUUCUACAGAGCAUAGUUAUACUGCAGUCAUCAGAAGAAUAAAGCUUUAAGUGUUGAUGAUGAUGACCACAAAUCUGCUGAUCAAGUCAUUGAUCUGUCUAUAUCUGACAAUAUUCCUCAUGACAAGUCAGACUCUGGCUUUUAUGUCUUUGUUGUCAAAAUCCAAGACACAUCAGGACAUAACUCGUGAUGCAAUUUUACAGACUACAGUUGAUAUCUGCAGAUCACAAGCACUCAAGAACGGAAAAGUUUUUGUUUUGCCAGUCCUACUGACAGUAGCAACAGUGACAGAAGCUUGUCAAUCAUCCGAUUCAGCCAAAGAUUUUCAAAGCAGCAUUAAUGAGAUAAAUAAGAACAACGCAUUGGUUGAUGUUCAACAUUCCUUUACUGGAAGUUACCAUUUUGACAAUGAGGAGUUUUGGACUGGACGGGAUCUUAUUACUAAAGGAGUUUCUGCUGUCAAAAACCAUGUAAAGCAGCAGAGGUAUCAAGCUGCCCGAGAGGCACUUGGUAAAACCCUACACACUUUGCAGGAUUUCUACAGUCACAGUAACUGGAUUGAACUGGAAAAUAGAGAACCCUAUCCCAACCUGAUUAAACCAGAUACCAUAAUUAGCAACAUAGCAGAUUCUGAAACAUGCAAGAGCUGUUAUGGAGAUGGCUGCCCAUCAAACAUCUUAGAGUCAGUCAUUGCACAGCAUCAACUAACAUCAGGAUACUUUGGCCAAUCCAAACCAAAAGGAAAGUGCAGUCAUGGAGGAGAAGCUGAUCUAUCAAGUUGGGGGCAAGGUGGCAUAAAUAAGGAUGAUUCAGACUCCAGCCACGGUUAUCUGCAUGAAGCAGCAGCAUUGGUAGCCACUAAUGCUACCAGACAACUACUGGAUUACAUUAAAGAGGCAGUUGGAGAUUCUGAGUUUCUUAGACUACUGGGACUCGGCCAGACUUCAGCACUGUGUUUUGUAAUUGACACCACUAGCAGCAUGUCUGAUGACAUUGCCAUGCUCAGAAAAGUGACUUCAUCUAUCGUUAACAGUAGAAAAAGCACUGCACCAUUAGAAUACAUCCUGAUGACAUUUAAUGACACUGAUUAUGGCCUACUUACAAGAACAAGUGAUCCUAAGGUGUUUAAAGACCAAAUCAAUGCAAUUGUACCUCGUGGUGGAGGAGAUGAUCCUGAAAUGUGUCUCUCAGGACUGCAGCUCGCCCUCACUGGAUCUCCGCCGCGCACUGAGAUUUUUGUUUUCACCGAUGCUGAUGCAAAAGAUAAAUGGUUGACAAGCACUGUGCAAGCACUGAUUGAGAGAACAAAGUCUGUAGUUAGCUUCAUAAUAGCUAACUCCGAUAGCUCUCGGGGUCGCAGGAGUGCCGAGCCCGUAGAUGACCAACAGCAGGUCUCCCCUCAGCCUUUCAAUGUACAGGUCUACCAGGACCUGGCUCAGGCCUCAGGGGGCCAUGUAAUUCAGGUCAACAACGCAACACAAGCUUCAAACAUCAUUGCAAUUACCUCCAAAUCUACAAUGGUCACUCUAUUUCAGGCUGUAAGAAACCCACCAAAGGCUGAAACAUUUUCAGUCUUCGUGGAUUUUUCUGUGCAAAGUCUGACAAUUUACAUCACUGGCAACUCUCCAGAUUACACCAUCACUAGUCCCACAGGAGUCUCACAGAGCUCCACCAAACUGCACAGCAGUGAGACCUUGUGGCCUAUUCAGAGAGUUGGUAACCUCGACACUGUGCAGCCAAAUGAAUUAGAGCAGGCUGGACUCUGGAAGUUCAGUAUAAACUCAACAUAUCCGUACACCAUCAAAGUUGUUGGUCAAAGUGGGGUUGACUUCCUUUUCGACUUUGUAGAACUUUCCCAAGGGCUUCAUUCGAGCUAUUCUGUAUUAAACAGCAGGCCUGUAGCAAACACCAGUAUCAACCUGUUGCUGUCCAUGGUUGGUGGGGACAAUGUGAGGCCUACAGAGUUGUCUCUGGUCAGAGCAUCAAGUUCAAACUCUUUUAAUGGGAUACUAGAAGAGUUAGCAAGUGGGCAGUACUUGGUGUCCUUCAACAGCAUCCCAGCAGGAGAGUUUACUGUUCGUGUGGUUGGAAAGGCCAGCUUCUUAUCAAAUGUGGUCUUGAAUUUUCAGAGACAGUCAGCAACUCGGUUCCAAACAUCAAGACUGACUAUCACUACUGAACCUUUUGAAACAAUGGAACUUGGAAAAGAAUUCACUCUGCCUUUCACAGUUGCAACCAAUGGCUCUGGAGGAAGCUUUAAUAUCAGUGUCAUCAAUGAUCGCAAUUUUGACACACUCUUUAACACAUCCUUAACUCUCGAGAGUGGGGGCAGUGCGAAUGGUAUAGUGAUUCUGACUGUCCCUACAAACACUUCCUCUGGAACUGAUGUCACUGUGACGAUCCAGGCUGAAGCAGCUGAUGGAAGUGACUUCAAUUACAUUGUGCUACGUCUUCUUGUUGUUCCUCCGGUGAGAGAUUUCUUCCUUCCAGUAUGCAAGGCAGUUAACAUUAAGGCUGACUGCCCAGGCGAUUGCAGCAUGUCGUCAUGGUACCUCACUGCCAACGUGACUGGUGGAUAUGGAUCAGAUAUUCCAAGUGUGAGAGUCCUCCAGGGCAAUGGCAACCUCACCAUCACCAGCGUGCUCAGUGACACAGGCAUGGUCGUCACUACGGCAGUCUUCAGCUCAUCUUGCUGUUCCCGAGACUUAGAACUGGUUGCUGUGGAUGCAAUGGGAAAUGUUGCCACCUGCUUCAAAUCUCUGAGAGCUACAGCUGCACCACGCGUCCUCACUUAUGGUGCAGAAUUUUUUUUUAUUUUGCCAGUUUGCCUUUGGCUUAAUAUGGGAGUCUCAUUUUAACAAUUGAUGUAGCUCUAAGAAAAACAAACAAACAAAGCUCCAUUUAUCUGAAUUUCAACAAUAUCUGCAUAUUUAGGCCUACAUACUACUUGUUCAGUAAUGCUUUUAUACAGUAUGAGGAGCAAACUUAUAAAUGAAAUACACACACAUCAAUCUUCAAUAAAUGUUUUUGAUCUAUAUCACUAUAAGUCUGCAUGUAUGUACUAGAAGGAAAUUCUACUUGCCUAAUACACUCAGUAAUUUAAAACUAAACUCUACUCAGAGUUUAAACUCUGAAUGUAAUACUGUUUAAUAAAUUUUAUACAUAUAUAUAUAAUAUAAUGGCAUAAAUUAAAAAAGCACUGAAUGUAUUAUUUUUAGUUGGAGGGUCUGUUAUUAUUUUAUGCGAUUAUUUCAAUGCACAUAGAUAUUCAUUAAUUUAAUUUCCAUGCCAUUAAUCAUUGCAUACUCAUGUAAUUUUCACUUUUAUACCACUCAUUUAAAAUAUGAGUAAAAUUCUUAAAUUACUGGGUAAUGUCAUGCACAUGCAAUGUAAGCUUAUAGUAGGCUUAUAGUAGGCUUACAUGCAACAUAGGUUUAAAAGAUUUCAGGAUCUGGUAUGGAAUUUAUCUUGUUUGCAGUUCUAUAAGGGAUAAACAGUCUAUUUAAUUACCAAACUGUACUAAGAGCUUUUACUUUUUAAUUAAACCUAACUACAUGCCAGCACUUGAAUCUACAGAUUUACAGAGAUUUACAGAUGAUGAGGGGAUGUUACAUAAUGGGUACAAGGUAUCUGAACCAUGUAUUGCAUUGUGUGUUUAAUUUUCCUUUUUCCUCAAAACUGUAUGUUAAUUACUGUCUAUGUUUUAGGAAUUUUUUCCUUCAUUUUCUUGAUUUCUCCCUUCUUUUGAUUUGCUAUGACAUAAAAUCUUUGCAAACACAAGCUUCAUUUGAAAUAAUUAACUUUCACAGCAUUGUUGAAGUCUUGAAUUUGAUUGGUCAGAAAGUGUUGAUUGAAGCAUGCACCAUUGUAUUUUAUUCCUUCCUUACAAUUCAUUUAGGCUAUUUAAUGAUUUAGAGAAGACCAAAUAAACAGAGAUGCACAAAAAUCAGGUUAGAUUCAGAAUGAAGUUUUGGAUCCCACCCUUCACGACUGAUUUUACCUUCAUUUUCAAUAUACAGUACUCUCCUAGGCUUAUCCCAAGAGGCGUGUUUUCAUACAUCAGAUUUCCAGAACAUCAAAUGAUUGGAAGUCUUGCUCAAAAGAAAUUGCUCAUAGUGCAGAUAGGAGUAAAUCUGUGCUUAGCAGGGACAUAGGUUAAACACAGGUUAAUGAAUGUGACCUUGGUCAGGAUUAUGAGGGUUUUUUUUGGGGGGGGGGGAUACACACAUUUACUGCAGACACCUUGUGUUAAGUUCAAUCUGUAAAACAUCAUUUACAAUGUGCAUCAGAUGUGUUUGUGAUAGACAUAGAUUUGAAGUGCUCUCAUGUCAACACACUAUUACUGUGCUGCAAUGUAAAGAGAUGGCGAGGUGUUGUGUUAAUAAGUGGGUAAGUAUUUAGAUUGAAUGUGUUAAAUGUGGCUGAGAAUUCCACAGCAGAGAGUAAGUAAGUACUUAGACACUGUCAGACAGAGAAUACCAACAGAGUUUAUUGUUAUAUCAUCCUGCUAUAACUUGAAAAGUUUGACUGUAACUGGUUAAACAUGAUCAAAAACUUAUAUUAUGUCCAUAUUCAAGUGUCAUUAUGAUUUAUAUAAUCUGAAUUUCCGAUGUUACUGUCAAUCAAUUGUUUAAUGUAUUAAAAUGUUA